AUGAAACCAAUUCCUUUAAGUGAAGGGAGCAACUGGGUUGCUGGAAGAGGGACUGCUCCCUUCAACUCCACUCAUGGCUUGAACGCAAGCCAAGAAAAGGUGCUGACCUCUUUAGGUCAUGAUGUUACAACCCAAACCUGGAACCUAACCACAGCUGUACCCUACAUUUCCUAUUACUCUAAAAAUCUACUUAUUCAUACAAAUGACAAAUAUUCUCAACAUUCUGCCCUCCCAAUCCGAGCCCACUUCCCCUCUCUGGCUUCCCUCCCUCCCUCCUCCUAUAUGACACACUUUAUUAUUCUGUUCAAUGAUCCAGUCUAG